UAGCAAAAUAUGAGUAGUGGAAUUUAUUUGAAUUUUUAUAUAGCUUGAUAUGGUUUUUAUCUAAAAAAAAAAUAAAAUUAGUUUCGAGUUUAAUAUAUUAUAAUUAUAAAAAAAAGUAAUGGCUUUACCAGGUAACGGCAUAUUUGUUGUUCGUGGGGAAAUGUCCACUUUGAUGACUGCGAUGAAACGUUCUCGUUACUCCACAUCGUAUCAAGAAGAAGAGCAAGAUGGAUUGUUGAAGUUAUUCAUUGAUUUGAAGCUUGUUUUAAGUAAAAUUGAAGAUUUGAGACUAAUCGAUCCAAUCAUAUUUUUGGGUCCAUUUCUUGAAGUUAUUAGAACUGAAGAAACCACAGGUGCAGUCACUAGUUUAGCAUUAGCGGCAGUAAAUAAGUUUCUUUCAUACGGUUUAAUAGAUCCAACACAUCCCAGUUUGGCUUCAACGGUGGAGAAUAUUGCAGAUGCUGUAACUCACGCCAGGUUCAUGGGAACAGAUCAAGCAUCGGACGGAGUUACGCUUAUGCGUGUGGUUGAAGUGUUACACACUUUAAUGCGAAGCCCAGAGGGCAGUGCUUUGACAAAUGAAAAUGUUUGUGAAGUUAUGUUAAGUUGUUUUAAAAUAUGUUUUGAACCACGUUUGAAUGAACUAUUACGUAGAACAGCGGAACAAGCUUUAAAGGAUAUGGUUCUGCUAUUGUUCAUGCGUUUGCCUCAAUUUUCAGAUGAUAUUCAAGGUGCAAGUAUUUUGAAAAAAUUAAUGGUGGCUGGACCUAUGGAUCAAAAUUCUUCUGGUAAACGGAAAAAGUCUAAAUCAGCCAGCUCGAAAUUGAGUGCUACUGUAACACAUCAAAAUACACAACCUUUAGAUACAUCCAAAAAUAAUAUUAAUAAAUCCUCGGAAGAAAAAUUAAAUGAUCCACAAAGUCCACCCUUACAACUUGCAAACAAUAACACCACAUUAAAGGUACCUCCUUUAGCUACAACGCCUGCAACACCAGCAGGUAAUAUUUUAGAUAUGCAAGGGAAAAUUACCCAAACCCCGAUUUCUGGAAUGGAUACAGUAACCGAAAGCGAAGAGUUAUUGGAAAAUGAUGUUGCUGAAGUUCAUGUUGAACAAAAAGAAGGUUUAGAUCGUGAAAGUAACAAUGAAAGCAUCACCAGUAACGAUGACCAACAAGAACCUUUAGUUGAUGAGGAAUCCAAGGAAGAAACAGGAUCGAAGGAUGAAGGCGAAUAUAUUAAUUCUGUAGGUGUUAGGUUUACGCAUCAUGGUUCAACUGAUGUAGAUGGCAACGGCGUUCUGUUACCAUACGGGUUGCCUUGUAUACAAGAACUUUUCAGAUUUUUGAUAUUACUAUGCAAUCCUUUAGAUAAGCAAAAUACUGAUACCAUGAUGCAUAUGGGAUUAAGUUUGUUAACUGUUGCUUUUGAAGUGGCUGCUGAUAAUAUUGGAAAAUACGACACACUUUUAUCUCUUGUUAAGGACGAUUUAUGUCGAAAUCUUUUUUCUUUGCUGCAAUCAGAGCGAUUAACAAUAUUUGCAGCGGAUAUACAGCUUUGUUUCUUGAUUUUCGAAUCCCUUCGCACACAUUUAAAAUUUCAAUUAGAAGCCUAUUUAACAAAACUUUCAGAAAUUAUUGUUAGUGAGAAUCCAAGAACACCAUAUGAAAUGCGGGAACUAUCGCUUGACAACAUAUUACAACUUUGGCGAAUUCCUGGAUUUGUGGCAGAACUUUAUAUAAAUUAUGAUUGUGACUUAUAUUGUUCAGAUUUAUUUGAAAAUUUAACAAAACUUUUGUCAAAAAGUACAUUAUCGGCCACUUCAUCAGUGUACAGUAUACAUAUUUUAUCAAUGGAAGCUUUAAUUACCGUAGUAGAAAAUAUUGAAAGAAAUUGUGUUGCCACAAAAUCUGGUUGUUCAAUUGUACCGGCAUCUUCUUCUAAUCGACAUUCGCGCCAAAGUUCAACACUUGAAGGCAUAACUAUUGAUAAUGGUGAUAAUAAUGAAGCUUUGAACGAGAACGAUGAAACCAAUUCAAUUGUAGAAAAUAUAUCGAGUUUUAUUAAGCGGCCGGAGAGACAUUUUCUCCAUAUAGAUGCAUCAAAAGCUAAAACGAAAGAAGAACUUUUGGAAAUAAAAAAUAAAAAAAGAAUUUUAACUCAAGGUACUGAAUUAUUUAACCAAAGGCCUGACAAAGGAAUACAGUUUUUGCAAGAGAAUGGUUUGUUAAAUCCACAAUUGGAUCCAAUGGAAGUUGCAUUAUUUUUGCGUGAAAAUUCGGGUUUAGAUAAGAAGAUGAUUGGUGAAUAUAUUAGUAAGAAGAAAAAUGUAGAAAGUAAAAUAUUAGAAAAUUUUGUUGAAAGCUUUGAUUUUAAAAAUACACGAAUUGAUCAAGCUUUGAGAAUGUAUUUGGAAACAUUUAGGUUACCUGGUGAAGCACCGUUAAUAUUUUUAGUUAUGGAGCAUUUUGCAGAUCAUUGGAGUAAACAAAAUGAUGAACCGUUUGCAAAUACAGAUGCUGCCUUCAGGUUGGCGUACGCAAUUAUCAUGUUGAACAUGGAUCAACACAACUAUAAUGCAAAAAGGUUAAAUGUCCCUAUGACGUCGGAAGAUUUUUGUAAGAAUUUAAGAGGUUUGAAUGGUAAUAAGGAUUUUGAUCAAGAUAUGCUUCUUAACAUUUUUAAUGCAAUCAAGAAUGAAGAAAUUGUAAUGCCUGCUGAACAAACUGGCAUUGUGAAAGAGAAUUAUAUGUGGAAGGUUUUAUUACGUCGUGGAAAUACAAAGGACGGUUUUUACCAUCAUGUUCAAGAUGCAGUAUAUGAUAGCGAUUUAUUUAAUAUUGUAUGGGGUUCAGCAUUAGCAGCUUUAAGUUUUAUGUUUGAUAAGAGUAGUGAAAGUGGAUAUCAUAGGACAUUGAAUGGUUUUUCUAAGUGUGCUGCGAUAUCAGCUUACUAUAGCCUUCAUCAAGAUUUUGAUGCUUUAAUUUUGACUUUGUGUAAAUUUUCUACACUCCUUAAUAUCCAAUUAGAAGGAAAUGAUAUACAAAUUGCAGUUCAGUUUGGUUUAAAUACAAAAGCAAAAGCCUCAAUACGAACAGUAUUUUCUUUAGUUCAUGAAUAUGGAGAUUGUUUACGUGAGGGUUGGAAAAAUAUUUUAGAAAUUAUUAUUCAAUUAUUUCGUUUAAAACUUUUACCAAAAUCUUUGAUUGAAGUUGAAGAUUUUUGUUUACAAAGUGGAAAGGCUACACUUAUACUGGAAAAGCGUAUACAAAAGCAGGAACCUGGAUUAUUUAGCAGCUUAUAUUCAUAUCUAAGUUCAGAAGGCCAACGUGAACCAUCCUAUGAAGAACAGGAAAUCAUUAAAAUAUCAAAAAAAUGUAUUAAAGAUUGUCAAAUUGAUCAAAUUAUACAGGAGUCAAAAUUUAUACAGUAUGAAUCACUUCAAGAAUUAUUAAAAUGUUUGCUUGAGCUAAUAAAGGCACCAAGUGCACAUAAAUCAGUGGGUUUACCAUAUUCAGAAGAUAUUGUUGUAUUUUGGAUGGAAUUUUUAGUGAAAAUUGUUAUACAAAAUCGUGAUCGCAUGUUACCUUUAUGGAAUUCUGUUAGAGAUCAGUUCAAUUUACUUUUAGUUGGGAGCUCAUCUUGUGGUUAUGAUUACUUAUUAAAUAGAACAACAGUGGCUUUACUUAAAUUGGCUAUAUAUUUAAUGAGAAAUGAGGAAUUGUGUCCCAUCAUACUUCAAAGUCUAAAUAUUUUAUUAAGAUUAAAACCAAAUGUUAUAUAUAGAAUAUCUAAACAAAUUUCUUCAGGCAUUUAUGAGCUGUUAAAAACUAGUGCACAAAAUAUACAUACAGAAGCUGACUGGCAAAUAAUAUUUACGACAUUAGAAUGUGUCGGUGCUGGUACAUUGCCACCAGAAUUUGAUGACAUUCCGCAUAUACCUGCAACAAAAUCAGAUGGUGCAUUAAGUAGUGAAGAGGACUCGGGUUUGCCAGAUCGGGGUUAUAUAUCUGACUCUGAAAUAAUAUCAAAAAGUACAAAUAAUUCAAAUUCAGGUACACCUCAUCAACAACAUGGCAGUCCAACUACAGAAAAUUGGAUACUAGUAAAUAAAGAUUCUGGAGAGUUCUCUUUAUCAUCCCGUCCACAGUCACCUUUAAUUGGUGUUAAUAGUUUAGUAUAUCCAUGUAAAUUGGUUGAACAAAUGCCUUUUGCUUUAUUUAAAUGUUGGGAUAGUUUGGCUUUUAUUGUUAGAAAUGUUGCCCACAUAACUCCUUAUAAUUUUGAAUCCUGUGUUCGGUGUAUUCGAACAUUUGUAGAAGCUUGUUUAGAUGGUGGUUUGAAAGCGCGAAGAAGAAACUCGUCCGGGAAACAUUUACGAAAAAAAUCCUUUAAUCGAAAGGACUUACAACGUAACCGAAAACAACGGAAUCAAAAUAACAGCGGAAAUGGUAUAGAUGACCAAACUAGCGACAGUGAAGAUGAAGAUUUAAAUCAAAGAUUUGAACAGCUUUCAAUUCAAUUAUUAGAUUUAAUGUAUACAUUGUAUACAAGAACAGCACAAAUAUUCAGGUGGUGGGCUGAAGAAGGCUGCGCUGUACCACAAUGUUCCGCGUUAUGGGCACAAGGAUGGUGUCCAUUACUCCAAGGGAUUGCUAGGUUUGCAAUGGAUUGCAGACGAGAAGUCAGAACUUAUGCUAUAUCAUGUUUGCAACAAAGAGCUCUAUUAGUACACGAUUUACAAACUUUAACGGGAACAGAAUGGGCUAGUUGCUUUAGACAGGUAUUAUUUCCUCUCUUAAAUGAACUAUUACCAGAAAGUAGUUCAAUUGGAAGAAUCGAUCAAUCUCUAUUAGAAGAAUCUCGCAUUCGCACAGCAACUAUAAUGUCGAAAGUAUUUUUACAUCAUUUAACUCCUCUUAUUGAAUUGCCAACAUUUAAUGAGGUUUGGAUAGAAAUUCUGGAUUAUAUUGAGAAAUUUAUGAAAGUGGGUUCCGACAUGCUUUAUGAACAAAUGUUAGAGAUUUUGAAAAAUAUGUUAUUGGUUAUGCAUUCUGUUAAAAUAUUUCACUCCAACGAUAAUAGUGGUGAACAUUCAAUUUUAUGGGAUUCAACAUGGAAAAGAAUUGGUGAAUUUUUACCUGAACUAAAGGCAGAGCUUUUUAAAGAAAAUGUUUCAGAUGAUCGAGUAAUCAGAAAACCUGUUCCCCAUCCAGGUAAUUUCAUGAUAGAGCCGUCUGUGGAGAUAAUGCCAAAUAAUAAUGCUAACAAAUCAUUAGAACUUGUGGUUGAUCAAAAUCUAACGAACGAAGAGAACAAUACGCAAAAUCUAAAAAGCUGUAAUACAAAUGUGCCAACAAUCAGAAGUAGCAUUAUAUUGCAACCUCCUGCUGAUACUAACAAAACUGAGCAACCCGUCAUUUUUGGACAAGAUGUAGCUUCAAAACAAAUUGUGAACGUACCUUUAUUUAUACCACAAGCAGCAAAUGUUCUGCAAUCAUUGAAUGCUCAUUCAAUUACGGUACAACAAAAUGAAUUUUUAAAUAAUUUCAAAAAUAAUCAAAUUAAUACCACGUUGAGCGAUUCCCCUGCCAGAAUGUAUACUUCGAGUAGAGAAUUAGCUGGACUCAAUUCAAUGUUGCCAGACUUGGUAUCUGAUACAUCAAAAACAGUUCAAAACAGUACAAUUGUUGAAAAUUCAUCUGAAACCAUAUCUAUUUCAAAAACUGAGUCAUCACCAAUUCCAAUAAAAUCAGCUACAGUAUACGAUACACAUUUGAGGCUUUCAAAUUUCGAUAUUCAAAAUGAUUUGCAGCAACAUAUCGAUGUAGAAGAAGGCAACUCGCCAGUACAAUUUACUUUAGAUUCUCAAAAUAAAUUUUGGUCAAAAUCAACAACAGGUACUCAACAGCCUGUGUUUCAAUCAUAUCAUCAACAAGAACAUUCGCAUAAAAAUAAUUUGAAUGAUGGUUCAUAUUAUCAGAGACGUGAUUCUCUUAUUCAACAGCAACAACAAGAACAGUUAUCACAGCAAAAUCAGACACAACAAAAACAUCAUAAUUAUGAGCAUGAUACCAUGAAAUUAGAUAAACUAAGUUCUAAUCAAGAUGUUGAAUCAUCAUUAUCACCUAGAGUGCCAAUAAGUCAUCUUAUAACUGGUAAUCAGUAUCCUAGCUUAAAUAGAAUUCCUCCAGCUUCAAUUGUGCAAAGUUUUACUCCAAUCUAUGUACCGCAUGAUCAAAAUAUCCAAACUGGCAAUGAUAUUUAUUAUGAUUAUGUACAAAAUCCAUAUAACUUAACCCUUCAGUCACAACAACCACAAGCUACUAAUUUGCAGAAAAACGAUUUGAAUUUAGAUUUGAAUAAUAAACAACAUCAGCAACAAAAUUGCACAACGACUGAUCAACCGAAGCACGGACAAUCAAUAGCAAAUGCAAAAAUUCAAGAGCAACAAUCACAAAAUCAGCAGCAACAACAAUCACCUUCAACUGUUAGCAUUUCUACAAACGUUUUUCAAACAGCAAAUUAUUUUAGUGAACAGGUAGACCCUAGUACAAUACCACCAGGCUCUGAAGUUUUGUUUGGGCAACCCUAAAGUUAACAACUAGCUUUGGAAAAAUUGAAAAAUAGUUAACCAAUACAAUUGCUAAUAAUUUAUUUUAUGUAUUAAAAAAGGGUAUUUUUCUUUUAAAAUCAAAUUUCUACAUUCCAUAAUUUAUUGUGGAAGAAAACUAUUAAAAAAAAAAGUAAAAGAAAAUUUAUUUCCACGUUUUUCAAUAAUUUACGCUAAAACUCCGCUUGUAUUUAUGUUUUUCAUAUUUAUGUUUUGUUGUAAAGAAGCAAAAGAAAUAGUAAUAU